AUGGAUCCAAAUGUCAAUUACAACCCAGACAUGGUCAAGAUCUAUCACUUCCGGUACGUUCGGGAGUAUCGAGCAGUGGCAGUUCUGUGGGCGGUGCUGACAAUCAUCUGGUGCAUCCUGAAUGUCGUCUGCUUUGUACAACCACAGUGGAUCGGCGAUACAGAAGAGUCACCGGGUUACGGCCACUUGGGUGUGUACGCACAUUGCUACCCAGUUGAGCCCUACUACACAAAGUAUGCCUGCAACGGGACUUUCGGCAACUUCGAGGAGAUCCUCAACGAUUCCUUUAAAGCCAGUACGUUCUUCUGCGGGGUCUCUGCGCUGUUGAUGCUUAUCUGUGUGGCUGCUCUAAUGUUGUUCUUUUGCUUCAAGAAGACUGCGGUGUUUGUAUUCUGUGGAAUCCUGGAACUUAUCACGGCAAUCUUCCUGAUCGUUGCCUGCAUCAUCUACCCGUCCGGCUGGGACCACGAGCAUGUGAAGGCCAUCUGUGGCCCCGGUGCUGGACAGUACAAACUGGGAGACUGCGGCAUCCGUUGGGCUUACAUCCUGGCCAUUCUAGGGAUUUUUGACGCUGCCUUUCUGGCGAUACUUGCUUUCUUUUUGGCUUCCAAGCGAGCUAAGAUUGAGAUCUACUCACCAAAUGACACAUUUACUAAAUCUGAAGGGAACGGUUAUUCUGACGAGACCAUGUCCAAGAAAUCAAUGCCCUUCCAGCCUCAUCUGAUGGUGGUGCCCGGCGCCCAUGAACAGGACCAGUACAGCGAUAACUACUCCAGACUUUCAGGCAGGCCCGUGUCCCGCUCUGGAUUCCAGCUUUAA